AUGAAACUCAUUAGCCCUCUAAAUACCCUUUUUUAUUUAAGUUUAUUUUUUUCAUACACAUUUAAAGGGUUAAAAUGCACCAGAAUAUAUAAAAUCGGAACGAAAGCUUUACCAUGUUCUGAGUGUCACGAUAUAUUUGAUUGUACUGGAUGUUUAUUCGAAGAAAAAGAGUCGUCCCAUGUGAUACCUUUAAAAUUAAACAAGAAGAAACCAACUGAUCAUAAAAAAUUACAAAAACAUCAUGAGUCUCUAAAAUUGGGAGACGUAAAAUAUUAUGUAAAUAGAGGAGAAGGAAUAUCCGGAAGUUUAGGAACUUCAUCUGGUAAUACAUUAGAUGAUAUGGAUUUAAUAAAUGAAGAAAUAAAUAAAAAACGAACAAGUACACAAUUAGAUGAGAAAAACUUUUUAGAUUUUACUACGUAUAAUAAAAAUAAUAAAGCACAUGAUAUAUCUGACCAUUUAUCUGAUAUUCAGAAACAUGUGUAUGAACAAGAUGUUGAAAAGGGGAACAAUACUUAUAAAAAUGGUAAAUAUGGAACAUAUGAUAAAUAUAAUACAAAUGGUAAAUAUGGAACAUAUGAUAAAUAUAAUACAUAUGAUAAAUAUAAUACAAAUGAUAAAUAUAAGACAUAUGGUAAAUAUAAUACAUAUGAUAAAUAUAAUACAUAUAAUAAAGACAAUCCAAGUGAGAGUUCGAUUGAAAAGAAUUUUAUUGCUUUAGAAAAUAAAAAUGCUACAGUAGAAAAAACACAAGAAAAUGUUUUUCUAGUACCCUUAAAACAUUUAAGAGAUAGUCAGUUUGUAGGUGAAUUAUUAGUUGGAACUCCCCCUCAAAUUAUAUAUCCAAUAUUUGAUACAGGAAGUACAAAUGUAUGGGUAGUGACAACAGCUUGUGAAGAAGAGUCUUGUAAAAAGGUUAGAAGAUAUGAUCCUAAUAAAUCAAAAACGUUUAGAAGAUCAUUUAUAGAAAAAAAUUUACACAUUGUAUUUGGAUCUGGUUCUAUAUCAGGUUCUGUGGGUACAGAUACAUUUAUGUUAGGAAAGCAUAGAGUAAGAAAUCAGACAUUUGGAUUAGUGGAGAGUGAAUCAAGUGAUAAUAAAAAUAAUGUAGAUAAUAUAUUUGAUUAUAUAUCUUUUGAAGGUAUAGUAGGUUUAGGAUUUCCAGGUAUGUUAUCAGCUGGCAAUAUACCAUUUUUUGAUAAUUUAUUAAAACAAAAUCCAAAUGUAGAUCCUCAAUUUUCUUUUUAUAUAUCUCCAAAUGAUGGGAAUUCAACAUUAAUAAUUGGUGGAAUUAGUAAAUCGUUUUAUGAAGGAGAUAUAUAUAUGUUGCCAGUGUUAAAAGAAUCAUAUUGGGAAGUAAAAUUAGAUGAAUUAUAUAUAGGUAAAGAAAGAAUAUGUUGUGAUGAAGAAAGUUACGUUAUAUUUGACACAGGUACAUCUUAUAAUACAAUGCCUAGUAGUCAAAUGAAAACAUUUUUAAAUUUAAUACAUUCAACUGCAUGUACUGAACAAAACUACAAAGAUAUAUUAAAAUCAUAUCCUAUAAUUAAAUAUGUUUUUGGUGAACUAAUCAUUGAAUUACAUCCAGAAGAAUAUAUGAUUUUAAAUGAUGAUGUAUGUAUGCCUGCCUAUAUGCAAAUCGAUGUACCCUCAGAAAGAAACCAUGCAUACUUAUUAGGAAGUUUAUCUUUUAUGAGAAACUUUUUUACGGUAUUUGUAAGAGGCACAGAAAGUAGACCUUCUAUGGUUGGAAUAGCAAGAGCAAAAAGUAGCAACUAA